AUGAAGAAGUGUGAUAAAGGAACAUCACCUGAUCCAACACGACCGCAAAGUCAACAGCCAUCAUAUUCAAGACAUCAACAAGGGGAACAAGCAGCAACAAUGGCACAAGAAAAGGAUCGUCUACCAGUUACUGCGAAUAGCGAGUUUUUCUAUUCGCCGAUGUAUCGACAUUAUUUCGGUUUGACUCCUCCAAAUCCUCGAUUAUGUAAUCCACGAUUACUUGAGAAUUAUAUUGAUUGGUAUCUUAAUGUAUAUAUGGAAGAAGAACUUCCAUAG